AUGGCGGCCGCUGGCUUGGUUGCUGUGGCCACGGCUGCAGAGUACUCUGGCCAAGUAGCAUCGGGAGGUAACCUCUCCGGUGUUAACUGCGGCCCAAGCUCCGGGACAGGCUCUGGUCCUGGCCCGGGUUCGUGGAGCCGCUCCCUCGAUCGAGCGCUGGAGGAGGCGGCAGUGACCGGGGUGCUGAGCCUGAGCGGCCGGAAACUGAGGGAGUUUCCCCGGGGAGCGGCCAACCACGACCUGACGGACACCACCCGGGCGGAUCUGUCACGAAAUCGUCUCUCAGAAAUUCCCAUAGAAGCAUGUCAUUUUGUUUCUCUUGAGAAUCUCAACUUAUAUCAAAAUUGUAUUCGGUAUAUACCAGAGGCAAUUCUAAACCUACAGGCUCUGACAUUCUUAAAUAUUAGUCGGAACCAACUGUCAACAUUACCAGUGCACUUGUGUAAUUUACCAUUGAAAGUCUUAAUUGCUAGUAAUAACAAAUUGGUGUCACUUCCAGAAGAAAUUGGACAUCUCAGACAUUUAACAGAACUUGAUGUGAGCUGCAAUGAAAUUCAAACAAUACCUUCCCAAAUUGGUAAUUUGGAGGCCUUGAGAGACCUUAAUGUAAGAAGAAACCACUUAGUACGUUUGCCUGAAGAGCUGGCAGAGCUGCCUUUGAUACGGUUAGACUUCUCCUGCAAUAAAAUUACAACAAUCCCUAUUUGUUAUCGGAACCUCAGGCACCUACAGAUGAUCACCCUAGAUAACAAUCCACUACAGUCUCCUCCUGCACAGAUAUGUAUAAAAGGCAAAAUCCACAUAUUUAAGUACCUGAACAUACAGGCUUGUAAGAUUGCUCCAGAUCUGCCAGAUUAUGAUAGGAGACCGUUGGGUUUUGGCUCCUGCCAUGAAGAACUGUACUCAGGUCGCCCUUAUGGAGCUCUUGAUUCAGGUUUCAAUAGUGUGGACAGUGGUGAUAAGAGAUGGUCAGGGAAUGAACCUACAGAUGAAUUUUCAGAUCUGCCUCUUCGAGUAGCAGAAAUCACUAAGGAACAAAGACUGCGAAGAGAAAGCCAGUACCAGGAGACUCGCAGCAGUUUAGUAGUAACAAAUGGUGGAGUGGAACAUGAUCUGGACCAGAUCGACUACAUUGACAGCUGUACUGCGGAGGACGAAGAGGAAGAGAUGAGACAGCCCAAGGGGCUGGAGCCAGACAGCCUCAGUUCCCAGUUUAUGGCGUAUAUUGAACAGCGGCGAGUCUCUCAUGAGGGUUCACCCAUAAAGCCAGUACCUCUGAGGGAGUUUCAAAAAACAGAGGACAUGAGAAGAUAUUCACAUCAAAACAGGGUUCCAGUUGAGCCAUCUUCUGUCACGUCACUAUCACCAAGUCACAAUCAGUUAUCACAUGCAGACUUGGAACUUCAUCGGAGAAGAGAACAGUUAGUAGAGCGAACUCGGAGAGAGGCCCAGCUUGCUGCCCUACAGUAUGAGGAGGAGAAAAUAAGGACCAAGCAGAUGCAGAGAGAUGCUGUCCUGGACUUUGUCAAGCACAAAGUGUCACAGAGUCCACAAAAACAGCAACCCCCCUUGGAUGAUGAGUGUCCCUUCCCAUCCAGAAGGUCUCAGCACACUGAUGAUAGUGCCUUGUUAGUGUCGCUGUCAGGGUUGAAUCAAGUGGGCUCUGCUGCUACCCUGCCUCAUUCUUCUGCCUUCAUGCCUAUUAAGAAUGAUGACAGAUCUAAUGCCAUAGCAAGUUCACCUACAACAGAAACAGUUCAUCAUUGCCCUGCAUAUUCUUUUCCUGCUGCUAUGCAGAGAAACCAGGCCCAGCGCCCUGAAAGCUUCCUUUUCCGAGCAGCUGUCGGGGCAGAAGCAAAUAAAGGUCAUGCUUCACCACUUCUUUCAUCUUCUGCACCUACCACUGAUUCUGCAGAUCCCAUAAUGAGACCAAAUUCAAGACCGAGAGAAGAAGAGCUGGAAUUAAUAGAUCAAUUACGGAAACAUAUCGAGUACCGGCUGAAAGUAUCACUGCCUUGUGAUCUUGGAGCAGCUCUAACUGAUGGUGUUGUUCUUUGCCAUUUGGCCAAUCACGUGCGGCCUCGAUCUGUCCCCAGCAUCCACGUCCCUUCACCAGCUGUACCUAAAUUAACAAUGGCAAAAUGCAGGCGGAAUGUGGAGAAUUUCCUAGAAGCUUGCAGAAAAAUUGGUGUACCUCAGGAGCAAUUAUGUUUGCCUCUGCACAUUUUAGAAGAGAAAGGUUUGAGCCAGGUUGCAGUGACGGUGCAGGCUCUCCUGGAGCUUGCCCCCCCCAAGCAGCAGCACCACUUGUCUGCUGCGUGAGGACCCCCAGCACCUGGGCGCUGGCCCGGCCAACCCGGAGCAGGACGGGAUGCUGCUGCCAGCCGGCUGCUUACGCAAAGCUCUUGCGUGCUCUUACGAGGGACUGUUUCCAUGAUUCCUAACAGGAAUAUGUUGCUUCAUUUCUCCAUUUUAGGGGAGGUUAUAUCCGUUUCCAUGGGACUGUUUUAGGAAGACACAGUUGGUUUUCGCAAAUGAAACUUAAUUCUGCCAUUACUGAGAACCCGACACCGAAGCCUAAACUGGCUGUGCUUUCCUAGAGAGCAGGCUUGUCUCCCAUUCCAGGAAGAAAGCUUUUCAGAAGGAUAGUUAGCUUUCCUGAAAGCAGAGACAUGUUACUAUCUUUACCUGU